CUUGCAGAGUGGGUUUCUACCUGUUUGGGUGUUUUAUUUUAUUUUUUCCCCCCCUUCCCCUCCCCUCCCUUCCCUCUCCCUGCCGUGUGCCGCGGGGUGGUGGGAUCGGUAGGGUCGCAAUUUCCCAGGCUCUCCGGAGAAAACUCGGGCGAGGGAGAGCGCCUUCACGCUCAUGGAUGCGUGGGGGGGCCCCGCGCCCCGCUGGAUCGGCCGCCGCGGGGCCCGGCUGCUGCUGCUGCUGCUGACCGUGCGCCUGGGGAGCGGAGCUGAUAAAGCAGAUGAUGAGGACGAUGAAGAUCUAAUGGUGAAUAAAACAUGGGUCCUUGCACCAAAGAUUCAUGGUGGUGAUGUAACUCACAUAUUGGACUCCUUACUUCAAGGAUAUGACAAUAAGCUUCGGCCAGAUAUUGGAGUGAGAACUACAGUCAUUGAAACAGAUGUCUAUGUUAACAGCAUCGGUCCAGUUGACCCAAUCAAUAUGGAAUACACUAUAGAUAUAAUUUUUGCCCAGACUUGGUAUGACAGUCGUCUAAAAUUUAACAGCUCAAUGAAGGUGCUUAUGCUUAAUAGCAAUAUGGUUGGAAAAAUCUGGAUUCCAGACACUUUCUUUCGGAACUCAAGGAAAUCUGAUGCUCACUGGAUUACAACUCCUAAUCGUUUGCUUCGAAUCUGGAGUGAUGGAAGAGUAUUAUACACUCUAAGGUUGACUAUUAAUGCUGAAUGUUAUCUUCAGCUUCAUAAUUUUCCAAUGGAUGAACACUCCUGUCCUCUGGAGUUUUCAAGCUAUGGAUAUCCCAGAAAUGAAAUUGAAUACAAAUGGAAGAAAACCUCUGUUGAAGUGGCAGAUCCAAAAUACUGGAGAUUGUAUCAGUUUGCAUUUGUGGGGCUACGAAAUACAACUGAAAUUUCUCAUACCUUGUCUGGUGAUUAUAUUAUUAUGACAAUAUUCUUUGAUCUCAGCAGACGUAUGGGAUAUUUUACUAUUCAGACAUACAUUCCUUGUAUACUCACAGUUGUUCUUUCAUGGGUGUCAUUUUGGAUCAAUAAGGAUGCAGUUCCUGCAAGGACUUCACUGGGGAUCACAACAGUGCUGACCAUGACAACGCUGAGUACAAUUGCUAGGAAGUCACUCCCAAAGGUUUCCUAUGUGACAGCAAUGGACCUUUUUGUUUCAGUUUGCUUUAUUUUUGUGUUUGCUGCCUUGAUGGAAUAUGGCACCUUACAUUACUUUACCAGCAACAGAAAAGGGGUCAAAGGAAAAGAAAAGAAGGCAAAAUCUAAGCCAUCAAAACCACCUGCAAUUGCUGUUCGACCUGGAUCAACACUAAUUCCAAUGAAUAACAUUAAUCAUCUCCCUGAACGUGAUGAUGAUUAUGGAUAUGAGUGCCUAGAAGGAAAAGACUGUGCUAGUUUCUUUUGUUGUUUUGAAGACUGCCGCACAGGAUCUUGGCGAGAAGGAAGAAUACACAUCCGUAUAGCAAAAAUUGACUCCUAUUCUCGAAUCUUCUUUCCAACUGCCUUUGCAUUGUUCAACCUUGUUUACUGGAUUGGCUAUCUUUAUCUGUAAAUUUCAGAGGUUUGACAAACUCAGAAAAAAAUAUUGAUUGAAUAGUCAUUAAUACUUUUAACUGAGCAAAGAUUAGAGCUGGUCCAAAAUGACUCAAAUUGUUUGUAUGCUUUAAAAAUUUGAAACAAUGAGAGGAAAUAUGAUGAUGUAGUCUCCCUCUUGUGAUCAGCUGUAGAACUGAUACUAGUAUUUUGAAGAGAACAUUUUAAAAUAAAUAUCCCUAAGAUUUAUCUUUCCUGAACACACAUACAUACAUUUUUUUCCAGCUCUAAGAAAAUGCAGAAUCACAGGCUAUGCUAUUUAACUGAACCAACCAUAAGCUCUCAAUUUUAAUCCUAAAUGACAAUGCAGAAGGAUUUUGUAGCAUCUCUUACACCUUUGCAAAGAAAGCCUUAAUUAAAUGGGAUUAGUUACUCUCAUCCAUUUCAUCCAUAAGGUGAUGAUUUUACUAAUCACUAAUUUUAAAAAGUUGAAAUGUAACAUUUCUCUUUUCAGUCAGCCAUUUGUUCUAUCCAGUAUGUUAAAAAGUGUGAUUAGAUGAUAAUUAAUCAAUUCAGAUUUAUACAGAAUGCAGAUAUAGGAGCAGCUAGGAAUGGAUGUGUCAAAACGCCCAAGGAUAAUUCUGAGCUUGUCUUAUCUUGACCAUGGAUAGAGACUUUUGGCUUUCAACCUUAGAUUACGUUUAUAUCUGUGCUCCAUUUCCUGUUCCUGUUUCCUGCUCAUUGUCGUGAGUUCCCCAAAGUUGUCCAAGAGGUCUACAACUUUCCGAAAUUCUUAUCCCGCUGCCAUUGCCUGCUCAAUUCAUGGAAAGCAGACUGGUGUUGGCCCAGAUUAUGGCCAUUAAGCAUAAUGUUCUUCACAUACUCAGUGUUGGAGAAAAAGUUAUAACCCUACAUUUGGAAGAAUUUGUAUCAGCAGAAUUUGGAAGGCCUGUUACAGCGCUGUGGUCAUUGUACUCAAAGUGUUAAAUCCCCAGUCCUAAGAGGGCAGUGUGGGAUCUGGCCCCCUUUGCACACAGCAUGGUUUUGUAGAUCCGGUUUGUUACUGCACAUGCCGCUCACUGAGCCAGAGCCAAGUGGCAUUAAUGUAUUGAAUGUGUAGUAUGGAUUGAUGGUUAAUUACCUUCUUGAUAUUUGUUUGCUUCUAAUGGAAAAGAUGUGUUAUGGAGCGGGGGUAAAAUAAUCCUUAUGCAUUGCUGAACCUUCUCCAAGAUGGGAUACAUCCCCCCAAAAUCGUAGGACCAGUUGUCCAUUCUUUCUGUGGUGAGAGCUUUGGUAGAAAUCCUUCAGGAGCUGUCUUUCUGUACUGACCUGUUGGUGUUGACUAUUGCUGCCGGAAGCAUUUCAUAUCUAAUUUCUAUUUCUAAAUACAUUGUCUUCAUUAUGGAAAAGUGCGGUCUUUCCUCCUUUCUUAAAGACAAAUUGGUCUCAAGUGAGCUUGCAAAAGUCACUGUAAAAUUAAGAUAUGCAUUAAGUAAAAGUCAGCAUUACACAGAAGACCUUACAGAUCUUUAAAGAGGAUUAAUGAGAUUAGUAUUUGGCUGUAGGUAAGGAUGUUCAGUACUAAAGAUAUAGACAUGAUUAAUAGCUAAGAAUAGAAAAUGUUACAUUAAGAGCUCUCCCCUUCCCCCAAUAUUUCUGUUGAAUAUGCUCCCUCUUCUGAAUUUCUCAGAAAGGAUUACUGUAUUUAUAGUUCAGUUGGUACCAGGCAUAGCUAGAUAUGAUAUACAAUACACAUUUCAGAGGAAAUGUUAUUCCAGUGUUGAGCCCCAAAAUUUAAUAGAUAGUGUGAGAUUAUGUGCAGUUGUUAUGGAAGGAGAGAGGUGUGACAAAAGAUCCAAUUUUAAUGAAAACUUUUUUCAGUAUUUAGCUGAUGACAUAUAGGAGUGGUUGGGAGAAUCUGAGAGCCCUGAUGAUGAGGUGGGCUGGCAUUAUUUGUGGUAUGACCUUUCUGAGUACCAGCUCUUCUGACUGUUGGACUGAGUGUAGAAGUGUGGUAUCUUUAACAACAGUGAUCUGCUAUAAUUUAUUGUUUUUUUAGAGUCUCAUUUUCAUAAAAUGUUCAGUCCAAAAGAAACAUGUCAGUUUUUAUUCCAUAAUGUAGGUUGAUGCUUUUUGACAGCAUGCUGAACACUUUCUUCUGUAGGAGGGAUGAAGGUGGCUUCAGCAGUAUGUUGGAUGUGUGCUUGAAAAGCAGUCAGCUUGCUGUACAAUGCAAGGCCCAGAUUUAGUGAGUCCCUGAGGUUCAUUAAUUCACCUUUAAACAAAGGAAACUUAAAGGAACUUGGCACUGCACAAGAGGAAAUUCAAAUUUCACAGCCUGCUCUCCUCUGGCUCAUCUAGUUAGCUUUUUCUAUUCAUGUGGUUGUCAGUUGCCAAUCGGCCUCCAGUGACUGAAUUGGAGAACUGAAAACAUUCAGAAUUGGCAAGGGAUGGAUAAGAAGUCUUUCAUCUCUAAUUUCUAUGGAACAAUGUAAUGGAGUAUUAAACCUAUUGAGUGUUAUGGCUGUUUGGCUUAUGGAUACACUUGCUUCUGUCUGUUGACAAACUUUUCUGUGUACUUCAUUUGUUUCUGAUGAAAUAAUUUUAGUUUCUCAUAGUACUGUGAGUGCAAAUAGGAAUGAGAAUGCAGUGAAAUGUAACAUGGCAUGUAAUAAAUUUGUUAUUUUAGUCCUAUCCAUUUUCUUUCUAAUCUGCAUGUAAAUGUUUGAUUCCAAAAAAUCUAAGUGAUACUUUUAAAAAAUGGCAAGAAACAAACAGUAUAAUUAAUUGGAGUUAGAUGCUCCAAUUUUUCAAACUUAACUGGAUAAAAAGUUUUUUUACUCUUACUUGGGAUCAUAUUUUUGGGAGUCAUAUUAUUCUGACCAUCGCUGCAUAAGCAAACACUUAAACAUAUUCCUAAUUAGUACUGUUAUUAGACCAGAAUUCAGAAAAGGGAGUUCUUCUGUACUGUCAUGAAGUGUGAUGCUAUCAUGAAUUGAUGCCAUUAACACAUGCUUAAUUUGCACUAAUUUCAAUAAUGAGUGUUCAGUAGCUCAAAUAAUUGAAUAUUAAGGAUGUGAACCAGAGCCUUUUCAGUAAAAAAAUUUCUUGUAGAAAGAGAGGGACAUAAGAGGAGAAAUUGCUCUAAAGGCAGAGAGGGGGAAAAAAUCUGGGAAAACUGUUUUAUACUGCACCUAUCUUUGGCAUAUCUUGAAAUGUAUUUUUCAAAAAAGAGACUUUUCCUUGAUAUUUCUGUAUUAGUGUUUACCAGCUGUCUGUUUUAGUAGUGAGUACAGAUCAGUGUGUUAUUUUUUGGUAAGGUUCUGUCUAUGAUUGUACCUCACUGAACUUCAGUGCAUGUCUUUUGCGUCUGAAUAAAUCUGUUUUAUGUAGUGGCAGUGCAACCAAAGCAUGAACUCUGAGUAACGUAUUUUGUAUUCACAUGUUGAUAUGCUUCAAAGACUUUAACCUUAUCCAGUUUUCUGGCAUUCAGAGAUAUAGGAUUGUGUUAGACUUUGCAGGAGAAUCACCUCCAACAGUAUUUUUAUAACUUUCUGUUCUUUAUUUGGUAUGGUCGUAAAACAUUUGUUUAAAAUUGAUAUAUGAACUGUGCUUUGUAAUUUGUGAACACUUUACAAUCAAAAGAGAACAGGUGGAGUCUGGAUUUAAAUGUCUAUCUGCCUAAAGUAAGAUACGUUUAAUUUGAUUGUAUCACUCAUAAUUUUUGUCUGCUGUUUCCAAAUAGAUGAGAACUAGUGCAAAUACAUUUUUCUGUUACUAUAAUUAUUUUUGUAGAAUUCAUUGUAAUUUUAGUUAUAUCUUAAAUGUGAUCUUUCAUGUUUAUGAAAUGAUACUGUAUUUUUUAGUCAUUAUAAUAGAUACAGAAGAUAGAAACUAAUGUACAAUUCCACAGCUGAAAAAUACAAAGCCAGGAAUCAGAAUUACUGUGCUUCUGUUCCUAAAAAAGCUCAGUGGAAGUCCACAUGCCUCAUGAAUGUGCUGGAGGGGGAGAUUGACUCACAGGGGGUGGUAGAAUAGUCUCCAGACUGUAGAAAAGGCCUUUGCAUUGGUUCAUGCCAUGAAUUUUCUACAAAAGUGGUUUAAAUGGAGGAAAGGAAUAGAUCUAUCCUUUUUUUUUUUCAGAAAUCUCUUAUUUCUGCUUCAUUUCAGUCAUCAACAGCAGUUCUAAUGCUCUGUUUGUUGCCACAUGAAACAAAACCUGAAAAAUUAUCUUUAUUUUCCUCUUAGUUGGUUCAUAUUUCACACAGAUGGGUGGGAUCAUCUGACUGAACACACAAGAUUAUAACCAAGUUUUUCUCCAAGGUGGGUGGUGGGAGUUUGCAGCUGGAGGAUGAAGGAUGGCUUGUUGUGAUGGGCAUUUUUCAUUCAGUUGAGAAUCUGCACUGAAAACUGGUGGGAGGAAAGGAAACAAUGGUAUAAGGGAAAGAUUGAUGGUGGCAGUGAUCCCAGAAUCAAGUUACAUGGAUCUCAGUGACUUAUUUUUAGUUCAUAGGUUUCUCACUUGUAUUUAUGAUAAUGCCCUUGAUUUCUCUGCAGCAUAAUUAAAUAUUUCUAAUGUUUUAAAUAAAAAGGAAAAUAUUGUCUCUUUCCUAUACAUUAACUACAGACUAAAGGAGAAAUAGAAAGUUAUCUUGUGUAAACAUUUUGGUGAAAUGUUGAACAGAAAACAGAGAUCAGGUUAUAUGAGAAAAAUAUUUUUUAAAAUCUCCAUUUAUUAUUAGAGAUAAAACCAGUUUUAAAAUUACUGAGUACUAAUUAGUGCAGUAGGCACUGGGAAAGACCUAGUAUCCAGUCUAAAUUGCUGUUAGUCCCCUCAAGGGCUAAAAUAUUUAGGAAUAGAAACCUGACUCAGACUGUGCUCAGUUAUCAUCCGCUAUUUCCAUCAGGAAGUGAAAGAUGAAUUGUGAUUAUGCCAGACAUGAACUAGGAUAGCUGGGGUGCUCCAGGGAGGUGGUUUCUGGUUAGAAGGAAGGGUCAUUUCUGCCUGAGACUGUCAUUUGAAACAUUCCCUCAGAAGAUGCAUCUGUUCUCUGACUUCUAUGAUGAUGGAAAAGCAUCCCUACAUUUAAUGUUUAUCUUUGCACAAGAGCAAUUUCACUGAAUUGACUGUCCUGCUAUGAGGCACUGAGAUAUUCCCUGUGUGGUGUAGAAGAGUUUUGGUGGCACUCCUGGGCAAAAUGUUUAAAUCUUGUCACAGGGAUCAGUCACAGUUGUCUUCUGGAUGUUAUGAUGACUGUAAAAAGGCAGUAAAUAAACUUAUGAUUUUACUUACUAGUAAACCUCACUGAGAAAGCCAGAGGGGUAAUGAAAGCUUUAGCAGAAAUCUCAGAUGGCCCUAGGAGACAGGAGAUUGGCUAAAACUGAAGCAGACCAAAUGAUAUAGCCCUUUUUAACAUAGAUGGGUCCUGCACUAGUAAUAUGUUGAUUCUGAAAAAACUGGAAAAGCCUCAUGGUAUUUUAAGGGAGAAAAAGAUCUAUAAAAUUCUUAUUCCCCUUCUCAAUGACUAACCUUGCUCUGCCUGCAGACUGUCCUUAUGGUACAUCAACCUCACUUAAGCUGUGUGAGGAGAGCCAUGGGGGAUGUAAGACAGAAGACCUGUAAACUGUUCUGGCUUUGUUCUGGCUUGUUCUUUCUCAGUUCCUUUUCUUAGUCAAGAAAAGAGGUUCAGAAGGGUAGGCGUAUGGCAUGUGCAAAUGAGGACAAUUUUACUACUGACAGCAGGGCCUGACUGCCACUGGCAGGAUCAAGAGGGAUGAGACUCUGCUCACAGUCAUAAGGCUUGUCUUUUGUAAUUCUUUGUAGUAGCUACUUUUCCAUACAUCACUGUGGGCCUACAUGAGAUUCACAAUAUUUUUCAGGUUGGAAGUAAUUCUUUUGUGUGUUUCUGGCUUCAUACAAUAUCUUUAUCAUCAGGGUUUGAGCAUUGCUGAAUUCAAAAGGAAAGUUUUCCUCUUGAAGUUUCCUUGUCCAGGCAUUGCAGGUAGGAGAUGCCUUCCUGCCAAACAUUGGAAAAGUGAUUUUCACUUGAUCCUGCUAAGGAGACCCCUGCUCUCAGGGGUGGCAUUAGGAUUCCUGUGUCAUUUAGACAUGAGAAUGUUGAAGGCUGUUAAAAGCAAUGACCAGUGCUGCCUCCACAGAGGGUGUAUUACUUUUGCUAAUUUGAUAUUUAAAAACAAAUUCCAAAGCUGUUACCGUGGGUGGGAAAUAAGGAUGAGCCAUCAUUUUACUACAGAUAUAUAUUUCCCUUUGAAUUGUUUUUCUUCCUUAGGAAGAUGGUAUAUUAGGAAUCUUUUGGCUUGUGAAAUAUUCAGAAAAAAGGGGAUGGUCACUUUAAACAGUAAAGUCAUGUUAGUCCAUCUGCCCAACGAUGGCCUAAGAGCAGUAGAAAUGAAAGCACUUGCCCUGUAGUUCAGAUUUUCCAGGAAGGAUAAAUAUGGACAUUUGCAUAUUCAUAGGCCCAGUAUUAAUAUAUAAUCUAUGUUCACACUUUAGUCACUGAAAAAAAUCUUAAUGUUUUGUGCAUCUUCACAGUAUCUUUUGUAUUUCCCACUGUUGUCCACUACAAACACUUGGGCUCUUUGUCUGAACAUGAAGAGUUGUGUUAUGAUACUUUAAUUACAGUUUAAAUUGCUACAUACUGAAGAAUCUGAUAAUCCGAUAGUGAUUCCUAUAUUUAAAAAAUUGACUAUUUUUACUUGUUUUACUUAAGCAUAAUACUGCUAUAAUUUAUAUUUUCCUGCAUUAAAUUUUUAUAAACAAUUUCAAUUUAUCAUAUGAACACUAAAUUUUGCAGAAAUGUCUUUGAAAAAUAACACUUGUUGUUUUAUGAUAUAUCUCAGGGUAUUAUUUAUUUCAAAUAAAUAUUUAUUUAUUUAAAAAUAAUUAUUUAUCAUAUUGAGGGUCCAGUAUUCAAAUGCACUCUUAUUCCAAAUCUCUGUCGGGUAUCUAUAGUUCACAUAAUGUUUCAGUUAUUCAGACUUUGCUUCUUACUAGUUCGUCCUUGUUUUUUAUUCAAUGUUUAUAAAAAAUGCUGAUAUUUUUAACUACCUAAGUGAAUAUUUAUACUAUGCAUUUCAUUUGAUAGAGUUUUGGCAGCAUUGGACAAUGUUGCAAUAUUAUACAUCAGUGUUUCUUUUAAAGUUAUUUAUUAGUGCCCUUGUGGAUAACUUACUGUAAGAAAUAUGGAAUAUAAGAUAAAUGUUGUAACUCUCUGUGCUGCUUCUAAUGUUUAUAUAUAUAAGUACGUGAUACUGAAGCAAAUUUAUUCUUCCAUUUCAGUUUUCCUUCCAAAAACAUCCUCAGUUGGGGUAUUAUUUUUAUUAUUAUUACUAUUAUUACUAUUAUUAUUAUUAUUAUUAUGCUGAUAUUAUCAGUUCUGCUUAGUUAUUUGGUACUUUUCCAAUAGUCUUGGAAUGUAUUCAUCCAUUAUUAAAUUAAAUUACCUGGAAACAUCAAGGUAUCUUCAUAGUCUUUCAAUGUGAUUAAGCCAUGACUUCUUCAGCUUCUCUAAAAAUGCCAUAAUCUUUUGUGUGCAAUACCAAAACUAAAGCAUUUUCAGGUAUUAAAUUGAGUUUUACUUGCUUCUCAAUUUUGAAAAAGUCUGUCUGCUGCAUUAUAAUGAAACACUGAUAACAUCAUUUUUAUAUUUGACAACAUUAUUAAUGAUCAUGGCUGAACCAGAAGACUUCAGAGUUGAUAAACAGAUUAUGCUCCUGACUAAAUCCCAUGUACAGCUAAAUGGGCAUUAUAGAAAUUAUAAUGGCAAUGGCAACAACAUGUAUAUAUAUAUACACUGAAAAUCAAGGUAUGAGAACUUAUACAUGAGUUUCUGAUUGUCAUUUUAACAAGAUUCCUCUUGCCAAUAAAAUUUAUAUUCUAAAUGUGACCAAAAAGGUCAUUAAAAAAAACACUUAAAAAUUUCACAUUUGGCAUGUAGGAGUGGUUCAGAAGCUUAAAAUAACUGUGGGUCUUCAUUUGAUGGGUUUUGUGGAUUAAUUUUUAAUUUUACUCCUCUUUACUGAAGAAGAAAGAAGAGAUAGGCAUGAUAUCACUAAAGGUAAAUAUUAAAAUACCAUCCAUGUGAAUAGUAUAUUUUCAUACAUAUCUGUAGGUAGGAGCAAAUUUCCUCAUUUUCAUCUGCAGUUGCAGAGUAGAUGGAUUCUGCUCUCUGUUUUCAGAACUCUGUUGGUAUCAUGGUAAAAGAUCAAGUCAGAGUUUCGCAUUUUUUAUUAUACUCUUAAUUUUUGGAUGCCUUAUUUUCUGAUGUGCAGUUUAAGACAUGAAAGAAAAAAAUCUGCUUUUCAGAAGUUUAGGCCUUUUUAAAAAUUAUCCCUUGAGCAUUCAGCUUCAAGUACUUAAAAAAAAGUAACUAGGCAUCACUGAGUGUUUUAAAUAAAUUGGAUUGCUAUAGAAUAGUGUAGAAAGUUCAAUUAAAGUUCAAGGCUAGAAUUUUGUAGCCUUUGGGGGAAUUUUCUUUCUUUUUUUUUUUUAAUAGUUUUCUUGACAUGUGGGAGAUGUGAAAGCAAAGGGACAGAUUUCCUCCUAUGGUUGCUUGGUUUUCUUUUGUUUUCAGCAGCACAGCUCAUGCAGGAUGGUGUAUUAGCUGCUAAAAGCUGAUUUUACGGAAGGGCAAGUGAGACUUUGAGACUGGUAACAAGAACACUUUAACGGGCUCAGAAAAGGAGAUGCUUGUGGCCUUCAUUAUCAGAAGGAGCUUAGAGGCACAAGGCUUUGGAAACAGAAAUUCUGAAGUAAGGUUAUGAGAAAGAGUUGGAUUAUAAGGACCUCCAGAGAAAAAAAAAUCUCAGAAACCUUUUGCCAGAAGACUAACAGUGGUUUGAAGGAUAGGUUUUAUAGUUCACAACUCUCCUGUGAAUGUUAACAUCUAUUGAAUUUUCAUAUAAAUGUUGCACUAGUCCUUGUGCAUUGAAAGGAAGUGUGUUUGCACCCUGGUGCAUGGUUCAUACAGAUGUUAUUGCGAUGUAAUCUGUAAUCUUCUAAAUGUUAAACUCUGAAAGCCAUAGUCUUUUGAAAAAAUAAAUUUAUAUCCCACCAUUGAAUAACAUGUGUUCUGUGCAAAAUGAAUGGAUUAGAUGUUUGUGCUCUGAUGUCUCUUAAAUUGAUAAGAAUCAAGGGAGUUUCAACACUGAAUUUUGUAAAGCAGUUGUAAUGCAUUGUUUAUGCUGUAUCUGCUGUGAAGUUGAUUAGUUACACUGUGAAAAAAAAUAAAUAGUGCCUGGCUA